GAGAGAAAAUAACGCAGAAGGCUUGCUGGAGAGAAGACGUGAGCAGAAGCCAUUCAGACGUACAGGUUCAAGAUGUUGCUGGGGUCAAAGGUCACGUUCCUCCUCGUCCUCUGCGUGAUGGAGUGUGUUCGCUCCACAUCUGUCAGUCCGUCAUUGCUUCAGCCUUCACACACACGCGUUCGCAUUAUCGAAGUCGAGGACGACUACGACGAGGACAUCUCAAAGACGACGGUCGCGCCCCAGUCGCCCGGGGUCACCAGCUCUCGUGUGAUGCCCCGACCUUGUGACUAUGACCCCUGUGUGGUUCAAACGACCCCCUGCGAGAGGAUUUCGGCGCACACGGGUUGCCUGUGUCCUGGGUUGACGGGUCCAGAUGAAAAGCCCGAGACCCCGAAACUUCGCGAGAUGAAGUUGGACGGCUCCGGGGAAGUGGUCGUCUAUUGGUGCGCUCCUCGCUCCAACGUCACCUAUUAUGAAGUCACUAUGAAAGGCAGGAAAAAGCAGUAUAUUUUUGGGGAAUAUCUAAGGAAUGGAGUCAUACCUGGGAUGAAAGUUGGGGAGACGGUGUGUGUGGCGGCCGGGAAUCAAGCAGGGCUCAGUGAAAAGUCCUGCACCCGAUACGAUCCACCGCAACCGGACCGAGUUUCUCUGAGCGCAGGGAUCAUCGCGGGAUCCGUGGGAUUCCUCCUGCUGAUUUCAGUGCUCGCUGUCGUAUUAUGGCGACGAAGGACGUGUCGGAAGAGCGGGAUGGGAGAAGCGGAAGGCCUCGGCAAUCCUUCAUACACCAAUGAUGGAGCGCUGUGAUCAGCAGCAAACAAAUGCAAACAUUUCAAACGCAUGGGGAGAAUGAAACAAGCUGCAAAGAGAC